GUCAUUUUCCUACUCACCCUCUGACAUCAGCCACCUUCUCUGUAGCUACAGUUUCUCUUCACUCACAUUAAUCCCUGGCGAUGAAAAAUGAACCUCUCACCCACCCGUGCUGCUGCCUUUCGCCUCACGCCCCCAGAGAAGCAUUUCUUUAUGAGGCAGACGGUGAAGGUUUUUUUCCAAGUCACAUGAUCCGGGAUGCAGGGGGAGAAUCCUUCUUGGAACAGAGAUGGGCCCAGAACCGAAUCAGAUGAGGAGAGAUAAGGUGUGAUGUGGGGAAGACUAUAUAAGAAUGGACCCAGGGCUGCAGCAAGCACUCAACCCACUGGCCCCUUCUCAAGACACAGCCAUGCAUGUGCCCGCAGGCUCCGUCACCAGCCACUUGGGAACCACUAGCCGCGGUUAUUUCUACUUCACCACGGCUUCACUGGCUCUGUGUCUCAUCUCUGCUGUGGCAACCAUUAUGGUGUUGGUAGUUCAGAAGACGGACUCCAUUCCCAACCCACCAGGCAAAUUCCACCUUAAAGGAGGGAACUGUUCAGAGGACAUCUCAUGUAUCCUGGAAAGGGCUCCAUUCAAGAAGUCAUGGGCCUACCUCCAAGUGUCAAAGCAUAUAAACAAAACCAAGUUGUCUUGGAACAAAGAUGGCAUUACCCAUGGAGUCAGAUAUCAGGAUGGGAAUCUGGUGAUCCAGUUCCCAGGUUGGUACUUCAUCAUUUGCCAACUGCAAUUUCUUGUGAAAUGCCCAGAACAUUCUGUCGACCUGAAGCUGGAGCUUCUCAUCAACAGAGAUGUGAAAAAACAGACACUGGUGACAGUGUGUGAGUCUGGAGUGCAAACCAAAAACAUAUACCAGAACCUCUCUCAGUUCUUGCUGGAGCACCUCCAGGUCAACGCCACCAUAUCAGUCAAGGUGGAUAAAUUCCAGUAUGUGGAUACAAACACCUUUCCUCUUGAGAAUGUGUUGUCCAUCUUCUUAUACAGUAGUUCAGACUGAACCAUCCCUCCCGGCCUUCGGGAAGAAAGCAACUCUCCACCAUACAGCACUUCAUCCUUCCAGAAACUUGGGGAUAAAAGAACACUUUAGGCCAAGACUGAAACCACAAAGGGAAUUAAAUAGUACACUUCUCCUUCUGUUUCCUGGGAAGAUACAACUCUGGGUUAAAAAGAGAGUUUUGAGUGAAGUAUCUUCCAGAUAGAAGGCAGGGACACAAUGUGGUGUGGUGGACAAAGCCACACACGGGAAUCAGAAGGGAUGGGUUCAGGCCCAGCCCGAUCACUAACUCACUGUAUGACCUGAGCUAGUCCUUUCCCCUCCCUGGAACUCAGAUUCCACGUCAGAAAAAUCAAGGGGCUGAGUUUGAAUCUCUCCAAAGGCUCUUCCAUCUCAGAAGAUCAG